GGGCUGGGGAUAUUUAAAUCUCCGGGGCAUGCGCGAAGGAAACAGAACUCUUCUCCACCUCCACGAAGAAGACUUUUGAGGUCCGUCGCGAAGUUUUAUUUCUUGACGCUCAGCAACCAAUUUGAGAGAAGAUUGGAUGACAUCUUUCGACUUGCUGCUCUUCGGAGCGGUUGUAGCUCUGUUAGCGCACACGAAUAUCAAAGAAAUCCAUGGAUCGCCGGUGGAGCGUUCGGUUAGUGAUGACGUCAUUGGUCCACUGACUGCAAGUUUGCCUGGUGAUGACGUCAUUGAUCGGCUGACGGGCGGUUCCCCCGGCAACGGCGUCUCUGGUCAGCUGACUGCGAGCGGCGACCUUGGCGGCAAAUCGGAGUCCAUCUGCCGCGGGUACGGCAGCAGGCCUGACGCUUACGACUGCCAGAGGUUCUACCAGUGCGUGCCGGGCCGCCGGCCCUUUCACUUCACCUGCCCGGGCGGCCUGCACUACGACCCCCGCCUGCGCGUCUGCAACUGGCCCUGGGCACUCCAACCGCUCUGCCUAUCUCAGCCGGAUCCAGACCGGACGUGCGGUGUUCCGGCAGUUCGUUCCGCGCUGACGGGUUCGCACAGGAUUGUGGGCGGGGAAGAUGCGCCCCCUGGCGCCUGGCCGUGGAUGGUGUCCCUGCAGCAUCCGGAGUUAGGCCACGGCUGCGGAGGCACGCUCAUCUCAGAGGACUGGGUCGUCACCGCCGCUCACUGCUUCAACGACAUAGAUUGGCGGACUCUUUACGCAGUGGUGGGGGAACACACCCUGAGUGAUCAGGACGGGAACGAACAGGCGAUCCCUAUUGCUGAGCUCAUUCUGAACGACUUUGACUGGGCCAACCAGUCCACGUGGGGCAAGGACAUCGCCCUCCUCCGCCUGGCUGCACCUGCCACGAUAAACCGCAGGGUGGCGCCCCUGUGCUUGCCGGACAGCGACCUCUCUCUCCCGGAAGGAACCAUCUGCGUGGUGGCGGGGUGGGGAAAUACCGUGGAGCCAACUGGACCUUCUGAUAUGGCGAUGUCAGACGUGCUUCAGGAGGCAGAGGUGCCGAUCGUGGGGACGGCCAGGUGUGACGAGCUGCUGCCGUUCGACAUCACCACGCAGGUGUGCGCCGGCAGGGACGAGGGCGGCAUAGACGCCUGCCAGGGCGACUCGGGCGGACCGCUGAUGUGCGAGGCAGCGGACGGCCACUGGUUCCUGUACGGGGUGACCAGCUUCGGGCGGGGCUGCGCCAGGCCGAUGUCGCCCGGCGCUUAUGUCAACGUGCCCACCAUGACGCAGUGGAUACUGCAGAACAUCGGGGACAGCAGCGCCACCUAGAUCCAACCGGUCACAAACUCGGAACUGCAUGCAGCCGAGGAACCAUUAGCGGCUAAGGUCACAUCUCCAAAUCGGGGCCUGGAUGGGCAGCUUUCAGGAGCGAAAAGAAUAAUAUGAGACACAUAAAAAUACACAAAAUGUCAAAACAAGAUCCAUGGGCAUGAUAUGUGUGUAUUUCUAGGUAUAUAUUUUGAUUUUUCGUUUCAUAAAACAUCCGGUUUGGAAAUGUGACCUAAGCCUAACUGCAACCAUCACCAGACACUAGCGCCACCUAGAUAAAAGCUGACGGUAACUAGGAACUGCAGCUAUGGCACAGUUAAUUGAUUCACAUCAGAUAAUAUAUGAAGGAGAAA